AUGGUUACAGAGCAGUGUGGGCUGGAAGUCCGGUGCGUGGAUGCAACUGUGGUCCUGCGACCAACGUGCUGGUGUCUGCUUGAAAGCGCCAAACCACAUCUCAUCAACGUGCAAAAUUCAUGGACAUGGUUGCUGUUGCCGUUUGAAGGAAUCACACAGCAAUGUUUUCGUUUUCUGAUUCAUUUCAUUCGUCUGCAUUCAGCUGUGCUCAGGAGGGAGCAGAAAGCAUUACCACCUGACAUUGGGAUUACUCCCGAAUCACGGUAUUUUGAGCUUCACGCAGAGAACUUGUCAUUAAAGGGAGAGCAGACCACAAAAAUUACACAGAAAUUAAUGGAAUUUUUUCACAGCAUCAGCAAAAUAUAUUACACGAUUAUUGCUGUCGUCGGUGUGCCUGUUAAUUUAGUUGCAAUUUUAAUCUUAUCCCGGGGAAAGUGCGGCCUUUCGAAAUGCACGACGUACUACCUCGUCGCUAUGGCAACCACGGAUCUACUGGUCAUUACCACUGCAGUCAUAUUUGAGAAGAUAAAUACUUAUUAUUUUCCAGGAUCAUUCCUGGAUAUCACUCCCAUAUGCAGUGUUAUCUUCGUCCUUUGCUAUGUAGCCACAGACUGUUCUGUUUGGUUCACUGUCACUUUCUCCUUUGAUCGAUUUGUGGCCAUCUGUUGCCAGAAGCUGAAAGGAAAAUAUUGCUCAGAGAAAACAGUCACCGUGGUUCUUGCAACAACCUGCAUUUUGCUCUGUUUAAAAAAUAUCCCCUGGUACUUUGCAGUUGAAUCAAAAGAGUUAAUUGACAAUAUACCUUUUUUCUGCAAUAUAAAACCAAGCUAUUAUACUGAUCCAGGCUGGGUGGGGUAUAAUUGUGUUGAUAAGGCAUUAACUCCAUUGCUCCCAUAUAUUUUUAUUCUGUUAUUCAAUGCUCUUACAGUAAGACACAUAUUCGUUACUAGUCGCGUCCGUAAGAACCUCAGGAGCCAAAGAAAAUGUGACAAUCACAGUGAUCCAGAGAUGGAAAGCAGAAGGAAAUCUGUGAUCUUACUGUUCACCAUAUCUGGUAGCUUCGUACUCUUGUGGCUGUUAUACCUUGUGGAAUUCUUUCUGUAUAUCAUUACUGGAAUGAAUCCCGAGUAUUACAAUCAUUCUUUAUGUAUAUUUGCAAAUGUUGCAAUUAUGACGCUGAAUUUAAACUGCUGUACAAACGCAUUUAUUUAUGGGCAAGGUCGCACUGAAAAGACUGAGGGCAGCGUGGAUCUUUCAGCUGCUCCUGAGAUUUAG